AUGACCAAAACAAACUUCCAAGAACCCAAGGUGAUCAAUAUUAUCACAAAGGCAGUUCUAGAUGUAGAGGAUUCUUAUUUCAUGAGGUCUACCACAUGGGCAGAUGAUUUCCAUCAAAUUCGUUACUUUCCACGAGUAGAACACUCCAGCUUACCUGUUAUUGUGGGAAUUCCUAACAAAUGUAAUCAUUAUACCGUUAAAGAAGCUAUAAGCGAAUGUUUGGAGUUUUAUGACCAACAUAAUGUAACGCCAUGCUAUGUCUUUCUGUGUGUCGGAGAACUUGAUUUAAUAGGCUUGUCACCUAGUUUUAUCAAUUCAAAAUGGUAUGAAUUUGACAGUUAUAUAUGGGCGGAAAUGUGUCUCUUUAUCCCAAAGGGUGAUAUGAAUCGACCCAUGGAUCCAUUAAUUGCCCUUACAUGGUUCCUAGCUAAUUAUAAAGACAAAAAUGUCUUGGAAGAUAAUGAUGAUCCCACAGUUCGACUCUUGAAUGCACUUGAGUCCAAACCAUAGCUUACUACAGCACACAAUAAGUGACCUAUAUAAACCUAAAAUAAAAUAUAUGGUAUAAUCAGACAACAUGUGAGGUAUAUU